UCUCUAGGCGUGCAAAUGUGCGUAAAUUGUUUUGCCUACACUUCAUUCAAAGAAAAUGCCCGCAUUUGCCGUACACAAUCUAGAUGAAAUCAAAUUCAUAAAUUAGAAAUAAUUGGCCAAGUCAGUGGAGCACAACGCUCAUCUCUAUGCGGGAGCAGAAGCAACGCUGCGCGCAUGUGUAGAGCGAGAGCGAAUAACGCUCGCUUUGCAUAGAUAGCUCUCGGCGGCCAGCUGCGAACGCUCCAUUCGGAAGGGAAGUGUGUGGGGCGCAGAAUUUGCAAGUUUUUAUUUAUUACUCAUCCAGCGAGUAUGCAGUCAUCGAAAGACUCGUGAAAACCAGGUCCAGUUGCAGGUCCAAGUUCGAGCUCGUUGCAUAUGCGCAUAUUUUGUUGUAGCAUAUGUGCAAUUUGUUUGUUGUGGGCGACCGAGCAGAGCGAUAAAGUGAAUGCGAAUUCGAUACACACCAAGCCAAACCAAACCAAGCCAAAUCAAGCCAACUGCGUGCGAGUGUGUGUGCGUGCCAUUGUGUUUGUGAGUGCGUGAGUGUUUAUUUAGAGCUGAAGUGAAGCCCCAGCUCCCCAUCGAUAGAUAGAUAGCAAAGCGCCAGCUGCUGUGCGUAGCUGAAUUCCCACACAGUUGAACGACGCUCGAUGCCCGGCUUCCAUCUCAAUGAAAUGGGGGAAAUGGUCUUGGACGCCAUCGAUGACAUCGGCGUGGUCGAUGUCUACGAUCUGGCAUCGGAUAUUGGCAAGGAGUAUGAGCGCAUCAUGGAUCGCUAUGGCACCGAUGCGGUAAGUGGUCUGAUGCCCAAGAUAAUUAACACGCUGGAGCUGCUCGAGGCAUUGGCGACGAAAAACGAGCGCGAGAACACCACCAUACAAGAGCUCCGCGAGAAAAUAGCCCAGCUGGAGAGCGAGAAACUGGAGAAGGCCGAGUUUCGGCGGCGCUUCGAAAAGGAACUGGAGCUGAUUGAGGAGCAGUGGCGCACCGAGACGAAUGAGCUGGUCGAGCUGGUCUCCUCGCUGCAGGACGAGAACAAGCGGCUGGUGAAACAGACGCAGGACCUGCAAUCGGCAUCGGCCCAAAGCUCCGGCCUGGGCGCCAGCCUCACCGAGAGCAUCAUCAGCAUGACCAACAACGAGCUGCACAGCGCCCUCUCCGACACGCAGGUGCUGCAGCGGCUCAAGGAGCAGAUAUACAAGCAACGGGACGAGCUGAAGCAGCGCGAGCGCGAACUCCAGGACAAGUACAGCGAGCUGGAACAUGUCAACAUUCAGGCGGAGCGCUUGAAGGCGUCGGAGCGGGACACGCGACGCCGGCACAAGCUGAUGCAGGCACAGGUGAAGACGCUGUGCGAGGAGCGUGCCGAUUUUCUCGCCCAACUGCAGGAUCAGUGCCGUGAGAUCAAUCAGCUGCGCAAGCGCCUGGGUCUGGCCGAAAAGGAGAACGAGGAUUUGGUGCAGUCGUACGAUGAUGACCAAAACGAUCCAAACCGGCCGCGCUACACAACACGAGAGCUCAAGGAGCUGAUCAGCGAACGGGACGAGCUACUCACAACCAUUGACAACCUCAACGAGCAGCUGGCCGAGCUGAAGCCAGCGAACAGCGGCAAGCGGACUCGCCAAAUAUCCAGCUCCGAUGACAGCGACGACGAUGACGACAACGAGGCCGACGAUGGCGUUGAGGCCGAUGUCGAGGAUGAGAAUGUGGCCGGCGAGACGCCUCCGGGACACGAUGCGCCCGUACAGGGACCCUUGCCCUAUGAGCCAGACGAUGCCCCCUGGAAGAAAAGCUCCGAGUCGGGCAUACGCAAAUUCUUUCGUAAAUUGUUCUCGGAUCCAUCGGAUGGCAGCAAUACAUUCCCGAAACGUUCCUUGGCCACGCUCUCGAAAAUGGCCCUAUCCGCUACGCCCGGCGAGCUGAAUCCCUGUCUGUCCUUUGCUAUUAUGUUUUAUAUGCUCGCUAAGUAUUUACCAAUUUCUUUUAUGAUGUACAUAAUUUAUAUAAUUGAUUGCUGUGCUCUCAUAAUCAUAAGUUGUUAUUUCUGUUUUACGUGAUUGUUUAAUCUGUAAUUAUCUCACACUUAUAUAUAUGUGUGUAUAUAUAUAUAUAUUUAUAUUCGUACAGUAUAUUAUUUAUUACUGACUCUAAUAUGCCACAAUUUGGAUAAUGCUUUAUCUACUACUUACAUACAUAGUUUAGUAUGGAUUUGUACUAGCGCCCCUUUUGCAGCUCCCCAUUUGAAAUGUAUACUACUAACUAAUCUAAUAUAAUCUAUGACCAAAUGCAAGGAACUAUUCUAGGCUUGACUAGCAGGCAUAACGGGAAACGGAUUCCUUUCGAAGCCGAACCGCAUAUACAUAUAUACAUACACACAUACUUAUAAAAUAUGAUAUAUGGCAUAUAUAUGUAUAUAUACAUACAUAUAUAUACACAUUUUACAUUAUACAGUAUAUUAAACUAACCAUUUAGACAUACAUUAUACAUACCCUAUACAUAUGCAAUGUUCCAAAGAACAAAAUGUAUGCGCAAGUUUUUGAGGCCAGUGGAGUGAGUUUUGAAUGAAUUUAACCAAUUUAGAAACAAAAUUAGAAUGCAUAUACAUAUACAUAUAAACCAGAGAAUAUAUCAAGUACUUUGUAGAAGAGUUUUUAAAACAGUUCAAAUCCCAAAAAUAAUAUUUCAAAACCUAACAAAUUAGUCAACAAA